CCGCGGUCACACUGAUCCGAUGCAUUACGCAGCUGAUUGCAGAUUAUAAAUCCUAUUACAAUUGUUGAAAUGAAUAUAGCAUAAAUGCAACGUUUGAAAGCUACCACAUACGACAACAUACAACUGGGCAACUUAAACAAAAAGCAUCGUGGACAAGAUGCAGCAGAGAGUUGUUUUAUACGGGAUUCUGGUCUUGUUUAUAAUCACAAACCCAACCACCGACGCCAUACAGGCACGCAGCGACAAGGAACAGCCGCAAACGGUGGGCUCCGGAACGGCCGUCCAGUCAGUGAUACCCGUACAGAUGCAACUAGGCUCCAGCUCCUCCUCGGCAUCGUCAAUAUCCGCCUCCAGCUCGGCAUUCCAUCCGUUGGGGCCGAAUGUGCUGUGCUCGUUUUUGCCGCGUGACUUUCUCGAAUGCAAGGAUCCCAUCGAUCACAGGGACAAUGCAACGGCCAAGAUCGAGAAAGGAUACGGCUGCCUGCGAUUCGGAGGCUCCACUUACGAAGAUGUGGAGCACACAAAGGUACAGUGCACUGUGUACUCGGACAUUGAUUGCUACGGCAAUCGCACUUUCCUUCGCGAGGGUGUGCCCUGUGUCCGCUACACGGAUCACUAUUUUGUAACCACGCUCAUCUACAGCAUGCUGCUGGGUUUUCUUGGCAUGGAUCGGUUCUGCCUGGGACAGACGGGAACGGCAGUGGGCAAGCUGUUGACAAUGGGCGGUGUGGGCGUCUGGUGGAUCAUUGAUGUCAUAUUGUUGAUUACCAAUAAUCUCCUGCCGGAGGAUGGCAGCAAUUGGAAUCCACACGUCUAGACAUACUUAUGUACGUAUGUAUGCACGUUCGUUGUUAGUGUGAUAUUUUAGAAGUUAGUUUAAAGUACGAUAAAUAUAAUUGUUGAAAACUUCUGCAGCCAAACCAAGUAUAUUAAAUAUA